UGGCAGAGAUGCAGAAGCAGCAGCAACAGAGGAGGUGCAGUCAUAAUAAGAGCUCAGAGAAAAAAUAGAAAGAGAAAAAUAGCAUUGGCAUGCAGCACUGUAAUCAGAACCAUUAGUUCAUAUCCAUGUACAGAAGAUUCUGCAACACAAUGGUCCCUCAAAUAAAUAUACCUACUAUACUACUCUCCUUUUAACACUCUCAACUCCUCUCCUCUCCUCUAUACUCUCUUCUCUGCAAGAACAAGUUUUUGUUUCUUGAUUCCUAUUUUACCCUUUUGUUGUUGAUUUCAUCAUGAAUGGAAGAAACAGGCAUCCUUUUACUCCAACUCAGUGGCAAGAGCUUGAACAUCAAGCUCUUAUCUACAAAUACAUGGCUUCUGGUAUCUCCAUUCCACCUGAUCUUCUACUCACCAUCAAAAGAAGCUACUUAGACUCUUCAAGGCUCUUACCUCACCACUCUCAACACUUUGGGUGGAACUAUUUACCAAUGGGAUUAGGAAGAAAAAUAGACCCUGAACCAGGAAGAUGUAGAAGAACAGAUGGAAAGAAAUGGAGGUGUUCAAAAGAAGCAUAUCCAGAUUCAAAGUACUGUGAGAGGCACAUGCAUAGAGGGAAAAACCGUUCAAGAAAGCCUGUGGAAGUUUUGAAAACAACAACAACAAACACAGAUUCUGCAGCUGCUACUUCAUCAAUCUUAUCAAUGACUAAAAAUAGUAGUUUUGAUCCUGAUCAUAAUACUGCAGCACUAAACCCAACAACUCAUGACAGUACUUACCAUUACCCUCAACACUCUUCUUAUGCUUCUUCCCAUCUUAACCACUCUUUCCUUUACCAUAACCCUCCAUCUUCAAGGCCUAAUUUCUCAUUUCAAGACAACACUAGUGCUGCUCCCAUGUUUCUUGACAGUACUGGUUCUUCCUCUCACAAUAACAACAACAACAACACUGAUUGCAGAAACAGGUAUGUUUAUGGACUGAAAGAGGAGGUGGAUGAGCAUGCUUUCUUCACUGAACCUUCUGGAACUAUGAGAAGUUUAUCAGCUUCAUCAAUGGAUGAUUCAUGGCAACUCACACCACUUACUAUAAGUUCAUCUUCCUCUUCAAAACAGAGGAAUUGCUCUGGUUUAUCCAAUGACAAUGAGUACUCUUACUUGCAACUUCAAAGCCUAAGUAACAACAAUAACAACUCAAAACAACCACAGCAACAAGAUCAAAGGUUUUACAUCUCAGGUAGUGAAGAAACAUUCAUGAAACAAGAAAAAGAAGAACCUCAGAAGAUUUUCCAUCGUUUCUUUGAUGAAUGGCCACCCAAAAGCAGUAGAAAUUCAUGGCUUGAUUUGGAUGAUAAAUCAUCCACCACUCAGCUUUCAAUUUCCAUUCCUACAGCACAUCAUGAUUUCACAACUUUUAGUUCCACAAACCAACGAGAUGGUUAAGCAUGGAUUUGAAUGAUGGGUGGGUCCCUAGUGAUUGAAUCUAAGACCAAUAAUAAUGUAGUAGUAGUAGUAGUAGUACUAGUAGUUCAUUUAUAUUUUGUGUGAGGUUUUGUGGUUAGUUUGAGUUGAAUUGUUCC